CAGCUUCUUCAUCACUCUGAAGAGGAGAUCUCAACACUUCAGGAGGACCAGGAGACCUCAAGAUGGCUUCAAUAAGAAGAAGAAGCCGGAGUAGAGAACGGCCUCCUAAUAUGUCUGAAUCUGUUACCAUGGCAACGAACACCUCAUCCAAAUAUGACAACAUCCCCAACAAAGUUCUUAUCCAAUCAGGAUCUCCUGCUGUCUACCAGCUGACACCAAAGAAAGAGAAGAUUGGACCUCUGACAAGAAUAACUUUUGGUGAAAAAGAUCCAAACAAGGAAAACAAAACCAUCUUACUUGUUGGUGAAAAAGGAACUGGAAAAUCUUCUCUGAUCAACUCUCUGGUCAACUACGCCAUGGGAGUGGAGUGGGAGGAUGAUGUCUGGUUUCAGAUCGUAGAGGAGACGAAAAGUCAAUCAGAAAGUCAGACAUCAGAUGUGAUGGUGUACCAGAUCUUUGGUUUUGAAGAUAAAACUCUGCCCUACUCUCUGACCAUCAUCGAUACUCCUGGAUAUGGAGACACCAGAGGGAUCAAACAUGACAUGAACAUCAUGGAAAGAUUAUUUGACUUGUUCCGCUCAGAAGAUGGAGUUCAUGAGAUUAAUGCAGUGGGUCUGGUGAUGAAAGCCAGUGAGAAUCGACUGAGUGACCGUCAGAGGUACAUCUUUGAUUCAAUGGUGUCUCUGUUUGGAAAAGACAUGGAGAAGAACAUUGUUGCCCUCAUCACACACUCAGAUGGAAGAACACCUAAAAAAGCUCUUGAGGCUGCGAAGAUUAAAUGUGCCAGUAAUGAGAAGAAUCAGCCUGUUCACUUCCUGUUUAAUAACCACCAGAAUGAAGACAGGGCAGAGGAUGAGGAAGCCCUCAAACAUGCAGAUAAAAUAUCAAUGAAAGGAAUGAAUCAGUUCACAAACUUCCUGGUAAAAACUGAACCUCAGAGGUUGGAGACAACCAUGAAUGUCCUGAAGGGGCGAAUCAGACUGACAGCCUGCAUCAACAACCUGCAAGAGAGAAUUAAGUUGAUUAAUCUAAAGCAAAGAGAGAUCCAACAGACUCAGGAUGGUCUGAAGAAGUAUGAGCGAGAGAUGAAGAAGAAUGAGAAGUUCACUGUAGAAGUUGAUGAGGUCUACAAAGAUAAAGAACCUGUUAAGGGUGGGAGGUGGGGGUUAGGGUUGUUCUAUGAAGGAGCAACCUGCUGUACUGUCUGUGAGGAGACCUGUCACCAUCCUGGAUGCACAGUGGCCAUGAAUCCCUCAAAGUGUGAGUUCAUGGAAAAUGGCCGCUGCACUUCAUGUACCGGGAAGUGUCCUGUAUCAGAUCAUGUGAAAGAAGAGUGGAUGUAUGUGAAGAAGACAAGAAAAGUUAUAAAAACUCUAGAAGAUGUGAAAGCAAAGUAUGAAACAAAUAAAACAGAGACUAAUAAGCUAGAGAGCAUUUUGGAAACUCUUCAGAGAGAGAAGGAAACCCUUGAAACAACCAAAACACGUUUGCUAGAUGAAGCCUACCAGCAUGUUGUCAAACUGGAGGAGAACGCCCUGAAUGUGGUUUCACUGUCUACUAAUGUCCACCUGGACUUCCUGAUUGAGGAGAUGGAGAUGAAACAUGACACAGAGAAGGUCAACCAUCUAAAACAAAUCAAGUCAAAAAUAUGAAGGAUUUCAGGCUGGGCUGCAGUACAUGUAUAGUUCAAUAUCUCAAAUGUUUAAAAGAAAGAAAAAUUAGAAGAGGGUCACCGAAGCCUAGACUGCUGACCCAAAGACAUGUCCCAGUGUCCUGGAGUUAGACCUGUUCAUCACUGGACCAGGGUGGACAUUUAGACCACAGGACAAAGAUCUGAAGUCAUCUGUGUGUUUAGUUAGUUUACUUAAACUGAACUAAGAUCUAUGAGAUCAACUAGUGCCUAUUCUUCACAUAUGUAAGGGGUUAUUUAUCAUUACAGUAUGGACAGUUUAUAUUAAUGAAGUGUGUGUGUGUGUGUGUGUGUGUGUGUGUGUGUGUGUGUGUGUGUGUGUGUGUGUGUGUGUGUGUGUGUGUGUGUGUGUGUUCAGAUUAGAACUGCUGAACUUAAAUAAACAAUGUGUAUAUAGAUAAAAUGUAUGAUUAUCUAAACAUUUUUUUCUUAUAGUCAUAAGGCCAAUAUGAACUCUGUCUAAUGAAUGGUUAUGAUUUUAUGUGGAGAUUUGACAACAAUCUGCAGAAAUGUUUAUUGUUUAAAAACAAUUGUGUAAAUAACCAAUUUAUUGUUUGAGUGUUUCAUAUAUGAUAGUUUCCCAUCAGAAAAUGGUCAAAUGUAUUUACUCGUUGUUGUUUACAUAUGUUUGUUCUUAUGCUUUGGCAACACAGAUGUAUUUUUUGUCAGCGAAAUUAACCCUAACCCUACCCCUAACCCUAAAUUUAUAUCUAUUCCAUAUGCUAUAGACAAAUUAACAAUCUCAACUUAAUUUAGCAUCAGCUUGGAGCCAGAAACACACAUAAUAUUUUGUUUAUAUAAUUGUGAAUAAAUUCAGGCGUCAAGGGGUUAAAAUCAAUAUAUGUGAUUAUAUAUGAUAUACCCUGGUGUCUUUAUGUGUAUUCAUCAUAAUGACUAGUUAUACUAUUUCAGAAGACUCUGACCAUGUGGAAACAUGUUGAUUAUUUCAUGUUGUACUUUAAUUUUUUAUUUUGAGUGAUUCAAUGUAUUUACAAUAUAUAUUGGGACCAGAGGGUAGUGUGAGUGGUGACUGGUAGCUGGAGAGGUACCAGUCAUCCUCCUGGAAACUACCUAACUGAUCACUGUGCUGUGCAUGUUAAGCCAUAUCAAUGCAUGUCUAUGUGUUUCUCUUUGUGUGUAAAUGAAGCAAAAUAACAACAAUAUAAAAAAACA